ACCAUGUUUGAUUAAAGAAAGAGGGGGUCCGUCACGCGCGCUUCCUCUUGGUCAUCUCCUCUCCGGUUCGUUCGCUCCAAUAACCUUCAGGUUAAUUGAACCUGCCUCGUACUUCUAAUAAUCGUUUUAAGAGCAGCGCCCUGUACUUUUCGGAGAGAGACUUCAAAACUGAAACUCGCAAUAUUAGAGAGAACGACCGUUUGUAAAUAAUCGUGAAAAAUUUGCGGCAGAUAUCGAAAAUUGACGGAGAAGUAAAACGUAAUUCUACCAUUAAUGGCUCCUCUUCAAGAUGACAAAGGAACUGAAGUUACAGAGGUGUCCAUCCCUAAACGCCCAAUCUCCACUGUCGUUUUUAUUAUCGCUAUGCAGACGGAGGCAUCACCUCUAGUGGAGAAGUUCCAGCUCGCCCAAGAAUCCAAUUCCGUAUUUCCGAAUGGGGUCCCGUGGGUGAGGUACAGUGGAAAAUAUAAAGAUUUAAAUAUCAACAUCGUUUCCCCCGGAAAAGACGUAGUUUUGGGUGUCGACAGUGUAGGCACAGUUUCUGCAUCGCUUAUAACUUAUGCUUCUAUUCAAGCUUUACAACCAGACCUGGUCAUAAAUGCAGGCACUGCAGGAGGUUUCAAGGCAAAAGGUGCUUGCAUAGGUGAUGUGUAUCUUGCAUCAGAUGUUGCUUUCCAUGACCGAAGAAUUCCUAUCCCUGUAUUUGACCUGUAUGGUGUAGGCACACGACAAGCUUGCUCAACCCCAAAUCUUGCGAAGGAGCUAAAUUUAAAGAUUGGCAAACUGUCCACUGGCGAUUCUUUAGAUAUGUGCCCACAUGAUGAAAAAGCAAUCGUUGCAAAUGAUGCAACUGUGAAGGACAUGGAGGGAGCUGCUGUUGCUUACGUGGCAGAUCUUUUGAAAACACCUGUAAUAUUUUUAAAAGCUGUUACCGACAUAGUCGAUGGUGACAGGCCAACACCCGAGGAAUUUUUACAAAAUUUGGCUGCAGUCACUGCUGCACUUGAUCAAGCAGCCACACGAGUUGUCGAUUACAUCAAUGGGAAGAAUCUGUCAGAACUUUGACUCUAAUUGUUGUUUUCCUUUUUAAUUAGCAUCAGAGAGAUGAAUUUGAGGGAUUGAUGCAUUGAAUAAUGAUAAUUAUUUUCAACAUUCGUAUCUCGUUUGGUAAUUUGUACCAAAACUAUGGCGAGGUUAUUGAUGACGAUGUUAUUUGUCUACAUAUCAAUAUAUACUUGUUGCUGUUGGUCUUAAUUUUUAA